UGAGAUCACUAGAAAGCAAAAAAGUAAAAAUAAAAAGAAAAAUCUGUUCUCGCAGAAUCUCCCUCAAAUUUGAAAUCACAUUCCCAAGGGAAAAAGAUGAAAUUCGAAUCCUAGUGAUACGGUCUUCACACAGAUCUACCAGUCGCCUCUGAAGCGCUCUGUACUCCAGUUGCAGUGUUUAACUGAACCAUGGACUAGAGGUUUCAUCGCACACAUUGAGUACUUGCCCUCGGCAUUGGAUCUAUGAACUUGACAAUCUUCUGACUUAAUAGAAGAUGGAGUUCACCGAAGCUUACAAGCAGACGGGGCCCUGUUGCUUCUCACCCAACGCACGCUUCAUAGCCGUCGCCGUCGAUUAUCGCCUCGUCAUCCGGGACACUCUCUCCUUUAAGGUUGUGCAGUUGUUUUCAUGCUUGGACAAGAUAAGCUAUAUUGAAUGGGCUCUUGAUUCUGAAUACAUUCUUUGUGGUCUCUAUAAAAGACCAAUGAUACAGGCAUGGUCAUUGACCCAACCUGAAUGGACAUGCAAGAUAGAUGACGGCCCUGCUGGUAUUGCUUAUGCUAGGUGGAGCCCAGAUAGCCGGCACAUACUUACAACUUCAGAUUUUCAAUUGCGGUUAACAGUUUGGUCACUUGUGAACACAGCAUGUGUGCAUGUGCAAUGGCCAAAGCAUGCUUCCAAGGGUGUUUCUUUCACCCAAGAUGGUAAAUUUGCGGCAAUUUGCACACGGCGUGAUUGCAAGGACUAUGUGAAUCUGCUGUCUUGUAAUUCAUGGGAGAUAAUGGGUGUUUUUGCUGUUGACACAUUGGACUUGGCUGAUAUUGAAUGGUCACCAGAUGAUAGCGCUGUAGUUAUCUGGGAUUCGCCUCUUGAAUAUAAGGUUCUAAUUUACUCUCCAGAUGGGAGAUGCCUAUUUAAGUAUCAAGCAUACGAAAGUGGACUGGGUGUAAAAAGUGUUUCAUGGUCUCCUUGUGGCCAAUUUCUAGCAGUGGGUAGUUAUGACCAGAUGUUGCGGGUUUUAAAUCACCUAACUUGGAAAACUUUUGCUGAAUUUAUGCACUUGUCUACCGUUCGUGGUCCUUGUGCUGCUGCUGUGUUCAAGGAGGUAGAUGAACCAUUGCUACUUGAUAUGUCUGACUUGUGUUUGAGUGACGAUUUUUUACACAAUAAUCAUGACAAUGCUUCAGAAGGACACUUCAGAGUUAGGUACGAGGUUAUGGAGUUGCCCAUCACUUUGCCCUUCCAGAAGCCUCCUGCAGACAAACCCAACCCUAAACAAGGAAUUGGUCUUAUGUCGUGGAGCAGUGAUAGCCAGUAUAUCUGUACUCGCAAUGAUAGCAUGCCAACUGCUCUCUGGAUAUGGGACAUUCGCCACCUCGAACUUGCUGCUAUCUUAGUGCAGAAAGACCCUAUAAGAGCAGCAGCUUGGGACCCGACAUGCACACGACUUGUUCUCUGCACUGGAAGCCCUCACUUGUACAUGUGGACCCCUUCUGGGGCUUACUGUGUGAAUGUCCCGCUACAGCAGUAUACCAUAGCCGACCUGAAAUGGAAUUCAGAUGGUAGCUGUCUUCUCCUCAAGGAUAAGGAGUCAUUCUGCUGUGCUGCUGUGCCUGCACUGCCAGAAUCUAGUGAUGAAUAUGGUUCAGACGAGUGAGGUUUGUUUCUUCCUCGGGUAAGAUGACUCGGGCACCUUCCAUCAUUUGAGCUAUUCUGAUUUCUCUCUCUCUCAGCAUUCUAACAUACCCAGUUUGGAGGCUUUCUAUGUGUGGUAGUUAGGAAACAUACUGACAGUCUUGUAGUUGCUACUAUGACUUUACUUCGACUAGUGGUGCCUUUCUUCUUGUUGGGUUGAUGGGAGUGUAGAUGUAUUUGUUGUUAUGUAAUUAGGAGUAUAAUGACAUACUUUGUCGGGAGUACUGUUGUAUUAUAUAUCGGAUCUUUAUCUGUUGGAUCUUUA